AGACCCGCGGAUUUCCUUCUGUGCGAGUUGUGCGGUGUGUAUAGAUGACUUUGCUGAAGGAGACCUUCUGCGGCGCCUGCCAUGCAGCCACGUGUUUCACCAAGAGUGCAUUGACCCGUGGCUGCUCCAAAAGUCGUCCUGUCCUUACUGCAAAAUGAACUACAUGACAAAAAAGUACCCCGCCUCCUCCAAUUCUCAGUCGAACCUGGUGUAUACGUCCAGUGGUAGUCGUAGAGAUUCUUCUUGGACUAUUUCGUACCGUAAUAGUGCCGGUAGUACUGGUCUGGACCGGGGAAGCUACCACCACCACACGCACCCCAAUCACUUUGCCCCGGGUGUGGCAGGGCCUGAGGAGAGUAUACCGGACCUGGAGACGUACACGAACCUCAACAACACACACCCAAUAGUCGACUCUACCGAGGAGGAUACGGCGGAUAUACCUGAUCUGAGUACCUUCGAGGACAGUGAUAGUGCGCAGGCGUCUUCCGAAACCAGCGCCAGUGGCAUCGACUCGUAUGAGGAUGUCGCUGCGCCUGUGCACACAUUUAGGCCUGGUGGUGCGGAUGUGGGUCAAGGGGUAGAGAGUGGCAUGCAAGGGCAGGGAGAGCCCAGUGAGACUCCGUUGGACAGAACUUUGCCAAAUAUGGGAGAGAAAAGCGCGGCACACGCCGAAGUAUCGUUUGCUGAACGAAUCAAAAGCCGGGGUAUGAGAGAGCCCAAUGAGGAGGACAGGGAAAAGGACGGCAAGACAGAUGCAGACGAGCGGUUGGACGGCCUGCAUACCAGUCUGGAGGUGGGGAGUGGCGGAAGCGACAGCGAGAAUGACGAUAGCGGACAUGUGUACCUGGUCUGA